UGGCGGAGUGAGAGCUGGCGGAGGAAGAAGCAGCGUCUGUGGUUCACCUUCUGAAACAAACAGGAAGCCAGACGCGCUCCUGUCCACCUGCGAGGACUCAGGACAGCGUGGGGAGUCAGCUGGAGUCGUGGUUUUUUUUAUAUCACGUAGCCUACACUUUUCUCUUUUUUUUUUUUUGCAUGUGAAACUCCCCGGUGGUGAAGACAUGUAUUAACUUUCAGCUGCUCAGCCGGUUCAUUCUUCAGCGACCUCACACCGGAGAGAAACUCAAGAUGUUGAGUCCCAGCCGCUGUCCAGACACCCUCAGAGAGGAGCAGCAGCACAGGAAAUAAGACACUUCAGGAGACGGCAGGUCCUUAUGGUUGAGGUGGUGUGUGUUGCCCCUUGCCAUGCCUCCUGCCAUGACAGACCUCCUGGACAUAUGGGCGGCCCACUCGCCCCUGGCUGGCCAUGCUCUGGACCAGAUCACUGUGGACUUUCUGCUGCCCACCGGUAUCUACAUCCAGAUGGAUGUUCCACAAGAGGCCACCAUUCAGCACAUCAAACUGCUCUUAUGGAAGCAGGCUCAAUCGUUCCCACUGUUUCCCGCUCUGGGCGAGAUGGAGAGCCACAUGUUCGAGUGCGUCAACCAGGCGGCCGUGCACGAAGAACUGGAGGACGAGACUCGCCGGCUGUGCGACGUCCGUCCUUUCCUGCCAGUCCUCAAGCUGGUGACGCGCAACUGCGGCAGAGCGGAGCGCCUGUUGGACUCCAAAAUUGGUGUGCUCAUUGGCAAGGGUCUCCAUGAACUUGACGCCAUAAACGACCAGGAGGUGAAGGACUUCCGCGGUAAGAUGUUUCGUUUGAGUGAAGAGAGGAUGCAGGGAGUCCAGAUGAUGACAUGCAUGGAGUGGCUGCAGGCCUGCUUCUCCCCACAGCUGGAUCUGAGCGCAGGGACGCCUGUCACGGAAGGGCUCAACGACAGACAGGCUGACCUGAAAGUCAUCAUCCACUUCGAUCAGUCUCAGGACUCAGCCAGUGUGAUGGUGCUGUCGUCCUGCACCCCCACCGAGCUGAUGGAGCAAGCUGUGAGGAAGUGGCUGACCACCCACGGUCCUGAGGAGGAGGCAUGGCGGGGUCAGUAUGUACUGAGAGUCAGCCACUGCCUGGAGUUCCUGUGUGGAGACGAACCCCUGAGUCAGUAUAAGUACAUCCGCGAAUGCAUGCAAGCCAAGGAGCCUCCACACCUCACCCUGGUCAACACCAGCACCGUGAAGGCCAUGUUUGACAAAGAAAUCUCUGCCAUCGGAGCCGUGGUCAGCCGCAAGUCCUCCAACCCACCUUUGCCACUACCUCCUAAGAGAAGGGUUCCCACGCAGGUACAGGCAUUUGUGUGGGACGUGUCUACCCCGUUUAGGAUCGUCCUGCUGAAAGGCAGCAAGGUGAACGCAGAGGAGAAUGCUAAGGUCCAGGUGAGGGCGGGGCUCUUCCACGGCACCGAGCUGCUGUGUAAGCCGGCGGUGAGCAGCGAGAGCAGCGGACGCUCGGAUCACACGUGGAAAGAGAGCACGCUGGAGUUUGACCUCUCCGUCUGCGACCUGCCGCGCAUGACCCGCCUCUGCUUCGCUAUCUACGCCGUCAUGGAUAAAGUGAAAAAGACCAAGUCCACCAAAAACUCUCACACAAACAAGUACCAGACCAUCCGCAAGGCAGGGAAAGUGCACUACCCCAUAGCCUGGGUCAACACCAUGGUGUUUGACUACAAAGGUCAGCUGAAGACCGGGGACAUCAUCCUGCACUGCUGGUCUUCAUUUCCUGAUGAACUUGAAGAGAUGUUGAACCCCAUAGGAACAGUCCAGACCAACCCAUACACUGAGAACGCUACAGCUCUGCACAUCCACUUCCCAGACUGCUCGUCACACCCUAUCAUCUUCCCUCCUUUCGACAAGAUACUGGAAAAAGCUGCAGAGAUUGCCCGAGCUAGUGACUGUGCACCCAUGGGUCGUGGAGGUAAGAAGUUCCACAUCGAGCUGAAGGAGAUCAUGGAGCGUGACGCGCUCUCCCAGCUGUGUGAGAACGAGAAGGAUCUGAUCUGGACACUACGCUACGACUGUCGGGAGAACUUCCCUCAGUCGCUGCCAAAGCUGCUACUCUCUGUCAAGUGGGGCAAACAUGAGGACAUGGCCCAGCUCCAGGCGCUCCUUCAGAUCUGGCCCAAACUGUGUCCCAGAGAUGCUCUGGAGCUCCUGGACUUCAACUACCCCGACCAGUAUGUCAGAGAAUACGCUGUGGGCUGUCUGCAGGACAUGAGUGAUGAGGAGCUGUCACAGUACUUGCUACAGUUGGUGCAGGUGUUGCGUUAUGAGCCCUACUAUGACUGUGCCCUCACACACUUCCUGCUGAGGCGCGCUCAAGGGAAUCGCAAGAUCGGACACUUCCUCUUCUGGCAUCUACGGUCAGAGAUACACAUGCCCGCUGUGUCUGUGCAGUUCGCCCUCAUCCUGGAGGCCUACUGCAGAGGCAGCAUCCCUCAUAUUGAGAUCCUAAAGAAACAGGUGGAAGCGCUGAGUAAGCUAAAGUCUGUGAACGAGCUAAUCAAGCUGGGAACUAUCAAGAACGCUCGAAGUAAAACUAAGGAGGCCAUGUUGACCAAGGAGGCCAUGAUGACGUGUCUGAGGCAGAGCGGCUACACAGAGACUCUUUCGGACCUGCACUCUCCUCUGAACCCCAACGUCCUGCUGUCAGGCAUCAACGUGGAGAGGUGUCGGUACAUGGACUCUAAGAUGAAGCCGCUCUGGAUUGUUUACAACAACAAGCUGCUGGGGGGAGAGAGCCUGGGAAUCAUCUUCAAGAACGGAGACGAUCUGAGGCAAGACAUGCUGACCCUCCAGAUUUUGAGGUUGAUGGAUCUACUUUGGAAGGAGGCGAAUCUGGACCUAAGAAUCGUACCGUACGGGUGCCUUGCGACAGGCGACCGAGCAGGCCUGAUCGAGGUCGUCUCUUCAGCCGACACAAUUGCAAACAUCCAGCUGACCAGCAGCAACGUGGCAGCAGCUGCAGCCUUCAACAAGGACGCAUUACUCAACUGGCUCAAAGAGAGGAACUCCAGUGAUGCUCUCGAGCGUGUCAUCGAGGAGUUCACUCUGUCAUGUGCAGGCUACUGUGUAGCCACCUACGUCCUGGGCAUUGGAGACCGGCACAGCGACAACAUCAUGGUCCGCAGCACUGGGCAGCUCUUCCACAUAGACUUCGGUCACAUCCUGGGCAACUUCAAGUCAAAGUUUGGCAUCAAGAGGGAGCGUGUGCCGUUCAUCCUCACACACGACUUCAUCCACGUCAUCCAGCAGGGCAAGACGGGAUACACCGAGAAAUUUGGCAGUUUCCGUCAGUACUGUGAGGAAGCCUAUCUAAUCCUGAGGAAGAACGGGAACCUCUUCAUCACGCUGUUCGCCCUAAUGCUGACCGCUGGACUCCCUGAGCUCACCUCAGUCAAAGACAUCCAGUACUUAAAGGACUCUCUGGCGCUGGGUAAAACAGACGAGGAUGCACUGAAGCAGUUCCGGCAGAAGUUCGAUGAGGCCCUGAGGGAGAGCUGGACGACCAAAGUCAACUGGAUGGCCCACAAUGUGGCCAAAGACAACCGCUCGUAGAGCAGCUGAGAGGCCCCAAAGGUGUGGUCAGGGGUCAAGAGGACACAGAGCAGUUUGUGUGUGCAAAGGAGGAAACCGUGUACCAAGCAGACAGGGUUAGAGCCGCCCUGAUUUAAAGAAGGGAAUCUUGCAGAAAAUCCACAAAAUAAGCAGAUUCAGCCCCGCGUACUGUACCUACAGACUCUACACAGUUCAGUUGGUCUGCACCCUUAUUUUCUGUUUCCCUCCUCGCCUCAUGGUUGUGUGACAUUUCUGUGUAAUCACGGUGGGUAAAAUCAUUGCAAGUUUUGCACAGGCACAACAGCAGAUGGAGCACAUAGCCAAAAGGAAGGGAACUGAAGUGCCCCGCUCUGCCCACACUAAAGAUGAACGCUCCCUGAGGACAGAUAUGGUUGAACAUUGUCAGACAGACUUGAAAACUCUGGACUCUCUGAGGGGGAAAAAGGUCUGGCUGCACAUCUGUGGCGAUAAGAGACGAGUGUGGAAGGGGUGGACUUAAAAAGAGACAGAAACGUCUGACCCCCAUGUCUUAAAACAACGUGCACAACGCCCACUGGAAGUGCAUCUUAACGGUCUCUCUCCUGCUGCCUCUAAGCGUGCCUCAAAACUACAGGAAGAUUGUAUUUUUAAGACUUUUUUUUUUAUUUCGCCAUGUUAGAAUUUAUCACAAGAUGUUUAUGUGCCAGACUACUUUAUUGGAAAUGUUGUUUUAGGGAAAUAAUGAUGAAAGAGAAGGAUCAAUUAGAGGAAAAGUGCCCUAAGCCCUUCAGUCCAGUGUUUGACUCUCAGCUCAAUGAAAUCCUCCAACACUGGAAUUUUAUCAGACAGAUAUUUAAACACUUCAAAAAGUCUUUUAACAAACUUCACACUUUAUUUUAAGUGUUUUUUGUUUUUUAGAUGAUGACAUGAUUUGUUUUUUCUUUUCUAAAUUAUUAAAUCAAGAGAUUCGUGGAGAUGUCAGCCACCCCACUCCUGCCAGCACCAGGACGUCUAAACUCACUGAUGCUUUUAACCUGAGCGGACCAAACCAGGAGCAGAUCUGAUGUAAUUUAAUUGUUCAUACUGUUUUUAAUUAUUUGUGUCUGAAUUGAAUGUGAAAUACGUGCCGCUCUCCUUUCAGAUGUAUUUGUUUUUAUAUGAGCAGAUGUGGGCGGAGUCUGGGGCCUGUGUGGGCGGGGUUUAUCAGUAGGGACAUUACACUGCGAUGCAAAGCUACUUCCUAAUUUCCGACACACGGUGCUCCUCAGCAUCCGCAUCUGUGAUUCAUAUUUGUGCAAUAUCCGAGUAUAUGAACCAUAUCUCAUUAUAUGACACCUUGGGCCCGGGCCUAAGCCUAUAAUGGUUUUUCUCUCUCUGUCGGUGUUCGUGUGAUGCAGCUGUACUUCGCACCACUAGCCUUCAAAAGUCUUAGACACUGGAUAUUGUCAAAUGUACAGGCUUUUAUUGUUUUGCUGUUUUUUUUCAUAGGAGUUUUAUUAAAGUUAUUUUCCACUGCGCCCCA